AUGCCUGAAGAAUAUAUUAAAGUGGUACAAGAUCCCCAAACGAAAAUAUGGAAAUCUGUAAAUUAUCCAUAUGGCGAUAUUGCAAAAUUAUCAAUUGGAGAAAAAUUCUUGCAAACAAUGCGUUCUGUGGAUCCAAAUAAAAUUAUUGAUCAUUUCUAUGAUACAAAUACAAUUAAAACGGCCAAAGAUGUGUACGAAGAAUCGAUAUUAAUUGCCGUUAAUUUGAAACGUUUGGGCGUCAAGAAGGGAGACUCUGUCAUUUUCUAUGCAAUGAAUAAUGAAUGGGUUGCCGUCUUGUCAAUGGGUUGCUUUUUAAUUGGAGCCUCCCCGAUCUAUUUUGAGGUGCAUUUGGAUGAGGACUCCACGUCUGAUUUAUUUGAUCUGCUGGAAGCAUCAGCAAUUUUUUAUGAAGAAACAUACCUCAAGAAAAUUCAAAAAUGUCUAGCAAACUCUAAACUUCAAAAGCACCCACACCUAAUAGCGAUCAAUGGUGAACAACAACCAAAUAUCACAAGUGAUCUCCUGAAACAACCAGAACAACCUAUAGACUUUGACAGCUUUAAAAGUGCAGAAAUCAAAGACACCCGUGAAGAAACUGCCCUCUUGGCCUUGACAUCCGGAUCAACAGGUCUACCAAAAGUUGUACAAAUUACCCAUGCUCUUAUGCUGAAUGGCAUCACUAUUUGGUGGGAUAAUGAAGACCAUUAUGCACCCCUGGAUGAAAAUUCUGUGGUACUCUCUUUCAGUCCCUUGCGAUGGAUUAGUCAAGUAGCUGUGAUGUUACAAUCGGUUUUGUAUGGUGUAAAACGGGUUAGCUCAUGUGGUGUGGCAAGUGGAAACUAUGGUUUUGAGGUGCUUCGUAGCUGUGGCAUUACUCAUCUAUUUGCAGUGCCCUCUAUUUACUACGAUAUCCUCUUGCAAGUGGAUGAAAAUGAUAAGGAAAGUCUAAAAUGCCUCCGUAGUGUACUGAUGGGUGGAGAACCGGCAUCGAAAGUCAUGUUAGAACUCUCGAAAAAACAUGCCGUCAAUGCCAAGAAUUUCCAUUGUUAUGGCAUGACAGAGGUUAGCACCGUGAUCUGUAAUGAUUUGCAUAUUAAUGGUGGCAAGCCAUUACCGGGUUAUGAAUUGCAAAUAUUGGAUGAUCAAUUAAAACCCUUGGGUGCUAAUGAACCGGGGCAAAUUGCUGUGAGGCCACCUUAUCCCAUGAAGGGUUACAAGUCCCUGGACAAUUCGAUAUAUUACAAUGAGUAUGGACUUUUCAUUAAUGGCGAUUACGGUUUUAUAGAUGAGCAGGGAAAGCUACAUAUAUUGGGAAGAUAUAAGGAUUUAAUUAGAUCCAAUGCUGAAGUGAUUGUGCCAAAUACUUUGGAAUAUAUCGUAAUUAAUUUACCCGAGGUCUAUGUGGCCCGCAUUGCUGGUUAUCGCAAGACACCAAAUGAUCCCAAUGAAGUUGCAGCCUUUUUCGUUGUCCUCAAUUCAAAUGUCACUGCUAGCCAUGAAGAAAUGUCUGCGAAAAUUUGGGAUACCAUUAAACCCCAUCUCAAUGAGAGACAAUUGGCAAUGAUUGAAAAAAUUCAUUUUGUCGACACAAUGCCAUUGACAACAUGUGGCAAGGCGGAUCGUGUCGCAUUGAGGAAAUUGGCUGAAUGUUAA